AAUAUAUAGACCCAUAAAUACAAAAAAUACUCAUUUUAUCUCUUUAGCUAUCCAUUCUAUAAUGUCUACGUCACCUCCAGCAUAUGCCCCGACGUCAACCACAUCAUAUGCUCCGGCAAAUGAUAAUAUCAAUUACCAUCAAGAAAUCACUCGAUCUUCCUUAAUCAAACUGCCACAACAUAAAAGUGUGUAUGAUUCAUUAGCAGAAGUAUAUUCCAUAGUGAGUGUAUUAGAGAUGGUGGAGAAUUCAUUUUUAAAAGAUUAUAUCACAGACAAGGACAAGUAUACAUCCACAGUUUUACGUCUAAUUAAUCAAUACCUGAUGAUUCUUAAAAGUUUUGAAGAUAACCCCAAGGAAUGUGAAGUUUUAGAUUCAAUUUUGAUUGGCAGAUUAGCUGAUAACUCCAAUUUUUUGGAAAUACUUACCACCAAAUUCCACUUACAAUGUCCCUUGAGCAUCAAGCGACUAAACGCAGGCAUUCCGGCUACUAUAGAACAUCUUGGAAUGCAAGUUAAAAGUUCAAAUUCUGCCAAUAAUACCAAGAGCACUAGACUUGUAGCAGAAGCAACUGGGAACUUCAUUACAUGUAUGGAUGCAUUAAAACUUAAUUAUAAGACAAAGGAACAACUACAUCCGAUACUUUCGAGCUUGGUAGUAAGUCUUAAUGAUUUGGUCAUGACUGGUGGUGAUCUGACUACCACCAGUUUGGAUUUUGUGGGUAAAUCCAAAUUAGUUUCUUGGCUUAUUAAACUAAAUGGACUAGGUGUAGACGAGUCUUUGACCCUGGAGGAAUCAGACAAUUUCUUGAAUGAUUUAGAUACUGCUUACAAGGGAUUCUACACAACAUUAGAAGAUUAGCGUCUAUUUAUAAAGGAGUUGCUAUGAAAUUGAUUGUAGAGUAUUUUUCGAUCAUGUAAAUCUUUGAUUAAGGUAUACAUUCAAUCUCUACAUUAUGUUGAAAUUUCUUCUACUUACCUUCAUUUAUUUAC